AUGAUAACCUAUAAAAAUAAAAGUGGUGGUGGAAAUAUAUUUUAUAUAAUAAUAAUAUUUUUAUUAUUGUUUCUAAUAGAUGGUAGUAGUAGUAACAUCAACAAUAGUACAGAUAUAUCAAACAGCAAUAGUACAAAUGUUGAUGAUAAUAAUAAUAAUAAUAAUAAUAAUAAUAAUAAUAAUAAUAAUAAUAAUAAUAAUAAUAAUACAAACUUUAGUAACGAAUAUCAACUAUUUAUUGAUAGACCUUAUUGUAAUAGCUUAAAAAUAAUAAACUCAACAUAUGAUACUUGUUUAGAUUUAGAUAUUGAAUGCGCGUAUCACUCUAUAGUUAUAUCAAAAGAAAUAAUACCUGGUGAUAUUUAUAACUAUAAUGCUGUAGUCAAUGUAUCUCUUGGUUCAAAUUGCACAGAAUCCCUUACUACUGUUUACAUUCUGUGUCCAUAUACAGAUAUAAAUAGUAAUAUAACAAAAAAUACAAAUAAAACUGGGGCUAAUGGUAUAGAAAUAAUAUGUCCAAUAGUUUACUCUAAUUUUACAAAUAACAACAAUAAUACAAAUAAUAGUACCGAACCACCAAUUAUAUCACCACCAACUUUUAAUAUAUCAUUUAAAAAUGAAUGUAAUUUUACAAAACUAAAUGUUUCAGAAAACCAUUGUACUAUAAUUAGUAAUUGCACAAAUUGCGGCGUAACUAGGUGUCCGUAUAGAUCACUUAUUAUCACAAAUUCAACAAUUGAUCAACAAGUUAAAUAUAAUAUAUCACUUUACACAAGCCCAACAUGUACAAAUACAGUUUAUACUUUUCCGAUUGAUUGUAAUGGAACAGGUAUAUAUGAUAAUGGUAGAUUUAAUUUAACAUGUCCAUAUAGUAGCGGUGGUAGUGGUGAUGGUAAUAAUACAAGCAGUGAUGGUAGUAAUGCAAAUAGUGGUAGUAGUAGUAGUAAUAAUAAUAGCACUAGUAGUAGUGAUUCAACAAUAUAUAAUAGUAGUGAAUCAAUAGUAUAUGAAUUACCAAUUUAUAAAUUAUUAAAUCAAUCAUAUUCAACAAAAAAUGGGUCUUGUGAAAUUUUCAUACAGUAUACUUUUAAUAGUUCAAGCUAUCAUUUUAUAAGUGCAAAUAAUUCGAAAAGAGUACAAAUAGAAUAUAUUAACUCACAACCAGUAGUAUUUAUUAACUAUCAAAUAACCGAGCCUCACUCAACAAUAAAACAGCAUAAUAUAACAUUCAAAUAUUUAGAUCACGAAAUUACAUUCGAACCACAUAGUUAUACAUUAAAAUGUCGAGAAGUUUCAGGACCAAUCUAUUUACCAGUACCAAUUUCUCCAUAUCUUUUAAAUUACAGACAAUAUUACCCCAUUUACAACAAAGAAGGAAGCUAUUAUUCAAUAGUCUUAGCGACAACCAAACCAAUUUAUCACUUGAAUAGAAAGUUUAAAUUUUUAUCAACUGACAACAUUAUAAUUAAAAGCUAUCAAGAUUAUUAUUCAUCAAACUCAACAUUCUUAGUUUGUCAAACUAAAAUUAUUUAUGAGCUUCUCAAACCAGAUAAUAUUUUAAAUUUUGAUAAUAGUUCAUAUUAUGGUAAACCAAUUAUUCAAUUAGAAGUUUCUUAUCCAGAUUAUAAUAUACAGACAGAAAUAUUCGAUUUCUAUAAUCCAUUUAUUUACACAUCUACAUUAAAUGAUGGUAGAAUCAAAUAUUCAAAUUUAACAAAAUUUUACAAUGAUAAACAAGUAAAUUACUUUUUUUCAAUUUCAAGAACAACAAAUUCAGGAAAUAUGGAAGAUAUGGUAUAUCCAAGAGUUUCAAUUAAUGAUAUAGAAUCGAAUUCAUUGUUCCCAGUUUAUGGUAAUGGUUUUAAUUCAACUUUUUAUGGUUUUUAUAGCAAUUCAAUAAGAGAGGGUAAAAGUGACAUAGAUUUAUAUACAUUUGGUUAUAAUAUGGAAUCAAAUAUUUACAACUAUACUGUAGAUCCAAUAGAAUCAAUAAAAGUAGAUCAAAUUUUACCUAUAAUCAGUGAUGGUGAUUCAAAUAUUCUUUCGACAAUCAAAUCGUUUAAUAUAACUAAUGGUUUAAAUGUUACCUCUUAUAGAAUAUUAAGUGUUGAAUUCAUUUUAAAUACUACAUCUUUCCCUCAGUUAUAUCAACAAGCUCAAAAUCAAUAUCAAAUUAGAGUUAAGUAUGAUUCUUUCGAUAGUACUCCAUUAGAUUUUCCAUACGGCUUCUUCAAAAGAAAUUUCGACAAUCCAAAUAUUUGGAAAUUUUCAAUCUCUAAAAUUAUACCAACUCACACAAAGAAAAGAGUUAGUUUUUCAGUAUUUAUCAAGAAUAAUGAUGAGGGUGCUUUUGACUAUAUUACCGAUGAUAGUCAUGAUCCAACUGAAGAGUACGAUGGAGAAGAUGGCAAAUUAAUUAAACAAACAUUCAUUGACAUUGUUCCUCUCUCAUCCAACCAUACAAUCGAUAAUGUUCCACCAACAUUAACAAAAGUAGAAAUUGAUCAAAUUGACAAAAUGAAUGGUAUUCUUCGUAUUGGUGCUUUUGAUAACUCGUCAGGUAUUAGUAUAAUUAGAGCAGGAUCAAUCGAAUUCACUUCUUCAGAUUUAACCAAAGGAACAGUUUAUGAAGGUUUAUUCGAAAAAUAUUUAAAUUAUUUCAAUCUUACAAAUAUCAAUGAAAUCUAUUUACAAGAUGGUGCUGGUAAUAUUAAAGUUGUUCCAUUUCAAAUAAUUUGGCCAGUUACAGAACCUGGUACUCUUUCUAAUGUUUGGUUUAAAUUAGUGAAUGAAUCUAGCAGUGAAAGUGAUAAUAAGACUGAAGAAACUGACUACAUAUCACCAUCCUCAGAAGCAUCAAGUGAAAGAGAAGGUUUCAUUUAUAAGGUUUUUAUCAAAUAUUCAUCAUAUUCCAAUAUUGAUAUUAGUGACAAGAAAAAGUUUACACCAGGUUUCCAACUAUUCUAUAGCACCAAAACUGCAUCCAACUUUAAAGCAUCGCCUACCUAUAAGCUUUUAACCUACAACGAAUUAAACGACCAUUACUCUGCAGAAUUCUAUUUACCUCCAAAUUUAUUCAAUCAAGCAUUACAAUAUUUAAUAGUUUCGGCUGGUAAAAUUUAUGAUCCGUCAUCAUUAUCAUCAUUAAUUGGUUUAAAUCAAAUAGUUUUAAGACCACCACCAAAAAAUAUUUAUUCUGAUCAAAUGCCACCAUUUAUUCAAAAGAUUACAACAGUACCAGCCAAUGGUAUACUUAAUUAUGACCCAGAUUCAACCAAUUUCUUUGGAUGGGAUAUUACAUUUUUUGAUCAAAAGAAUGGUUUCCAAUCGGGUAACAUUUCAAUUACAAGUAAUCUAAAUUUAAUAGGUUAUCAAAAAUUCUUUACAUUAGAAGAUUCAUUAGAGAAAUUAACAAACAUCGAAACUCCAUCAUUUGCAUGGAGAUUCCCAGUUACAUCUUGUAGAGAUCAAAAGUUUACAAUCUCGUCUCUUUCAUUAAUGGAUUUAAAUGGACAUUACAGUAGCACCCUAUUUGACCUACCAAACUAUAUUAAUCCAAUAUUCCCAUAUGGCAACUUAAAAGAUUUACUAUCAAAUUAUUCAAUUACUUUAAAUUGCACAAGAGAAUUAAGUACCAUAAGAGAUGAUAAAGAUCCACCAAUUCUAGAAUCAUUCAAAACCAUUACAAAUGUAAUUGAUGUUGGUGUAAUUAAUAGAACUAUUCAAAUUUGGUUUGUCGUAUAUGAUGGAGGGUCUGGUAUAUUAAUGGAGCAAAACCCAAUAGUUUAUUUAGAGAAUUUAAGAGGUGAAAAAUAUUCAUUUUAUUCCUCUAUUCAAGGUGUAGAGCCAUCAAGUGGAGCUGUUAGACACUAUAGAGCCCUUUAUAAUGUUACUAUUGACGUCCCAUUUGGAUUUGGUAAUCCUGAUGGUUUAUUAUUAUCGGUCGGUAAUUUAUGUGAUAAUAAUCUAAAUGUAAUUGGGUAUCCCGCUUCCAAUAUUAGUAACUCUUUUAUUCAAACAACUUAUAAACCAUCACCAAUCAUCUCUAAAGCAUCCUAUAGUCAAAACUCACCAACUACUCUUACAAUCUUCGGUCAUAAUCUCCAGUCGCAACUAAAUGAUAAUUCAAAUAUAUUUGUAAAGAUUGAUUUUGGAUAUGGUUAUGUAACACAAAAAAUUGCUUUCAAAUCAGGUCUAUUAAUUACCGUCUAUCUCUCAAAUACCACCGCAAGUCAAUUUACAGUAAUAGUUAGCGUUGAUGGUAUUGAAAGUAAUAAAUUCCUUGUAACUCCAUUUAUUCCAGAUGAUUCUAACAAUACCGAGCCAUUCUCGUGCCCAAAUAAUUGUGGUGGCCCUGCUAAUGGUGAAUGCGAUUCCGAUUUUGGUUGCAGAUGUAACUUUGGUUACGCUGGUCCAGAUUGUACCUCGAUUUCCGUAUCUCUACCAGCCCCAACCAUUGAUUACAAUCAACCAUCCAGAGUUUUGGAAACAAAUAACAGGAUUUCUUCGUCGAUCAAUGUUUUAGGUAUUCGUGAAAUAGAUGAAUCAACAAAUGAAGUCAUUAAAGAAACCUAUUUCAAUAAUAAAUCUUGGAGAUUUAUAGAUAGAAGCAACUCACUUUAUAACUAUCAACACACAUACGCAACACUAUUCCUAUCAAGUGACGGUUACAUUACACAACUUAAUGCUACACUCAGAUGGUUUGAUGAAGAUGAAAGAAAACUAUCAAUCACCUUUGCCGAUAUAGCCUACAGAUUAAACCCAUCAUCAUUAAAAUAUAUUUUCCAUAUUGGCAAAUACUCUUUCAAAAAUGAAAACUGCUAUUUACAAUUAAUUAUGGAUGCAUCUAUAGAAUCUACAAGUCAUACCGAUAUUUGCUCAUACAUUGAAUCUGGUGAAGAUAGUGCAGGCUCUGAUUAUUUUAAACUUCAACUCAAUGGUCAUGCAUUAUAUGGUCGUUUCUUAAAGAGACAAUUAUUAAAUAGUAAAAUUACAAAAACUGUAAACAGCCUUGGUAUCAAUAAAACAACUAGAACAGCGGUCCCAUAUGCUAGUCGUACUGAAAUUGGCAUUUUCAUCCCAUAUUACACAAAUAAAGCUGAAGUAGAUCCAGAUUUUUCAAUUCUUUUAGAAAGUACUUUGGCUUCAGAAAGAGCAACUGCAACAUGUACCAAUUUUGGUCUAUCAAGAUCUCAAAUCUAUGCAAUUAUAGCAGCCGUUAUUAUCUUUGUCAUAGGUGUAAUAUCAAUAUCAAUGAUUUUUGUUGCCAAAAAAUAUAGCCACCUCAAAAUUUUCCAAUGCUCAAAUAAAAAACGUAUUAUAAAAUCAAAAAAGAUGGUUGGUGGUAAAAUCAAAAUGGAAAGAUUUAAAUAA